UGUUACACCACGAGUUUUGAGGUUUUGUGGCGAAAAAUUUGGGAUUUUAAGCCUUGAUUUUAAUAUUUCUGAAACUUCCAAACCUUAAAUUGACAAGCAAUUCAUUUUGGUUUCACUCCUCGAGUGAUAGAGUAUAAAAUGCGACGAUGUAACUAUGAAAUCCUUGGCGUGGAAAGAGAUGCUACAGAUGAUGAAAUCAAAAAAGCUUACAGAAAAAUCGCACUGAAAUGGCAUCCUGAUAAAAACCCUGAGAAUGUAGAAGAAUGUACUAAAAUAUUUGCAGAGAUCCAGCAAGCUUAUGAAGUCCUGUCAGAUCCACAAGAACGAGCCUGGUAUGAUAAACACAGGGAACAAAUUCUCCGUGGCGGUGAGGACUAUGUUGAUAAUGGUAUCAACCUCAUGAGCUAUUUUAGUUCGUCUGCUUAUUCAGGAUUUGGUGACGACAAACAUGGAUUUUAUGCUGUUUAUUCGGGCGUUUUUAAAACUAUAGCCGAAGAAGAUGCUGAGUUUAUACCUGAUGCCGAUGAAUUUCUUCUAGAGGUUCCUGAAUUCGGUCAAAGUGAUAGUGAUUAUGAAGAAGUGGUCCAAGAAUUCUAUGGGUUUUGGCAGAGCUAUUGUACGAAAAAAUCAUUCACUUGGUGCGAAAAAUACGAUAUUCGUGAAGCACCUAAUAGAAGGACAAUGAGAUUAAUGGAGAAAGAGAACAAGAAAAUAAGAGACGCCAUGAAGAGGGAUAGAAAUGAAGAAAUAAGAGCAUUAGUUGCUUUUGUUAAGAAGAGAGAUAAAAGAGUAAAAUUGUAUGUGGAGCGCUUGAAGGAGAUGGAUGAUAAGCGAAAGAAAAUUGCCGAAGAGAAAAAGCGUGAAGCUAGAAGAGAAAGAGAAAAGAUGUUUAAAGAAUACGAGGCCCAAGAGUGGCACUCCAUGUCUGGACUGGAGAAAGACUUGGCCGAUAUGGACACUCAUUUGGACAGUGAAUUCGGCAAAGAUAAUGACGUCAGUGGUGACCAAUCAGGCGAGGAAAAAGACGUGGUUGAAGAGCAAUAUUACUGUGUUGCGUGUGAUAAACCCUUCAAGUCUGAGAAGGCGCUGAUCAACCACGAAAAGUCUCGUAAACACAAGGAAAAAGUAGCGUUACUUAAAAUAGAAUUGGAGGCCCAGCUUAAGGAAAUGGAUGGCGUCAAUCAAGAAGAUGACAACGAAUAUAAAGAGGUUGUUGACACUGAACAGGCAUUCUUGAGUGAAAGACGAGAAAGUAUGGAACAGGUCAAUAUGGACCCAAAGAACUCCAAUGCUGCGAAGGACGACGUUAAAGAUUUUGUGAGUGUUGGAGAAUUAGAAUUGGCAGAUUCGUUGGAUUUGAUCGACCUUAAAAUCAAGACAACUAAUAAGUUUAAAGUUAAAGAAAAGCAAGGGAAAUCGAGAAAGCUUUCGAAGAUUCGUGAGGCGGACGAAAUCCACGUCGAGGAAGGGAAAGAUAAAGAUGAAACAGGUAGAAGUUCCAAAAAUGAAAAUUCAGUAAGGAAAAUUUCAAUUCAAAGACAGAAAGGCUUUGACGAUAGUUACGAUAACGUGAGUGAAAAUGGUAACAUCGCGAUUCAAAAUAUCGAUGCAAAUGUCGAUGAAUUUUCAAAUACAAAUAGUGACUGUCAAAAUCAUGACAGCGAGAAGGAAAGCAGCUUGAAAGAUCAGGAAACAUCGAAUCAAGAAGGUCAUGACGAAACACAUGCUGCGGACAGUGCUUCUUCAACGGCGCACAACAGUGCAAACUCUAAACAAAACAUCCACGCAAAGAAAACCUCAGAAGACCACGCUUGUAAUGUUUGCAAGGAAGCUUUCGCGACUCGAAAUAAGCUAUUUCAGCACAUCAAAGAACAAGGACAUGCCCUAAGAGUCGAAAACACAAAUGACAAAGAACAAACUAAACAAGGACGUAAGAAAAAGGGAAAAAAGAAGCGAUAAUCGUAUAUUUACAAUCAUGUAUAUUUAUAUUAGCAAUUGCUGUUAAUUAUUUUGUUAUUGAAAUGAAAUAUUACCAACACUGAUUACCACGUUUUUUCAACUCUCGAGUAUAAUCACUAUCGCAAUUGUAACCCUAGAAUUUUGUCAAGAAAACCUGAAACUUUAAGGUUUCUACUAACUAUUUUUGUAAGUUUUUGGUUUUGAUCACUCUUUAUGAAAUCCCAAUGAAGUGGAACACUUAUGAUAAUGAAUUAUUCAGAUUAAACAUUAUUAAAUUUAAA